CUCGCCUCACGUACGCCGUCAAACACCGACGACGGAGACGAAACGAGACGAGGAAACAGCCACGCGCGCGCGCCCAAGCCGCGGGUUUCUGCAGAGUUCAUGUGACGCGAUCGAGCAUGGCGAGCGGCGGCGCGGGGGGCUACUACCACGGCGACCGGUACGGCUACGGCUACUCGUACCCGCGGCAGCAGCUCGCGCCGUCUCCAUCGCCGGCGGCGUCGUUCCACAUGUGCCUGUUCCUGGCCACGGCGUGCCUCCUCGGCGCCGCGUCGCUCUACUCGCACUGCGAGUCCGCGAUGGAGAGCCUCGUCGACCAGCUCCGGGUCGCCGUCGUCCUGUCCCCGUUCGUCCUCCUCCUCGCGGCGCAGUAUUGGUCCGCGACCGGGCGGCGCUGGCGGUCGUCGUACUCGUACUCGUCGCCGUCGUCGUCGUCGCUGCUGGCGGCCCCGGCGCCGGUGGUGUCGUGGGAGCAGCAGCCGCCCUGGUACGACCAGCGGCAGCGGGACGGCGGCGCGUCGUCGCCGUGGGGCGUGGCGCUGGCGCUGGCGCUCGUCCUGCUGCUCAUCUCCUACCAGUCGUGCUUCCAGUACUGGUGGUCCCCGGUCGUCCGCCGCCGGCGCUGAGCUCCGUCGAUCGGAUCGGAUCGGAUCGUUCGCGCGCGCGCAGCUAGAACUAGGCACAGCAUUUGGUCACGUAUUAUAUUUCUUCAGAGGGAGUAUACUAGGCAAGAAAAUUAUCGGCAAUUGGCAGAGCAGGAUUUUGCUGUCUAAACCGUCAGAUGUCUUAGCCGUCAGAAAACUAUCACCAGUAUUGGGAGGAUGUAAACUGCAGUAAACUGUUGUGAUAUAGUACUAUAAAUAAUAAUAAUAAAGAGCAGAAUUCUUGCA